CUCAAAAUGGAGGGCCUCUUCUUCAAUGUUAACAAUGGCUACAUCGAGGGCAUCGUCCGUGGCUAUCGGAACGGCCUGCUCACUAGCAACAACUACACCAACAUGACACAAUGCGAGACUAUCGACGAUCUCAAGCUCCAACUAGGCCCUGCUUACGGCGACUUCCUUGCGACACUGCCACCCAACCCGUCCACAUCCAGCCUUGCAGCUAAGACUACCGACAAGCUUGUCUCAGAGUUCCGCUACGUCCGCGCCAAUGCGGUCGGCUUACUCGCGCAGUUCAUGGACUACGUGACUUACGGCUACAUGAUCGACAACGUGGCGCUGCUCAUCACGGGCACGCUACACGAGCGCGACACGCGGGAGCUGUUGGAGCGGUGCCACCCGCUGGGGUGGUUCGAGACGAUGCCGGUACUGUGCGUGGCGACCAACAUCGAGGAGCUGUACAACAGCGUGCUGAUCGAGACGCCCCUGGCCCCUUACUUUAAGGGCAGCCUCUCGCACCAGGACCUGGACGAGCUCAACAUUGAAAUUGUGCGCAACACGCUCUACAAGAACUACCUUGAGGACUUUUACCGCUUCGUCAAUUCCCAUCCGGACAUGGCCGGUACCCCGACGGCCGAGGUCAUGUCGGAGCUGCUCGAGUUUGAAGCCGACCGCAGGGCCAUCAAUAUCACGCUCAACUCGUUCGGAACGGAACUGUCCAAGGCCGACCGCAAGAAGCUGUAUCCGAGCUUCGGCCGGCUGUAUCCCGAGGGCACGCUGAUGCUGUCGCGGGCGGACGACUUUGAAGGGGUGCGGCUGGCGGUGGAGGGGGUGGCUGACUACAAGGCCUUCUUCGACGCCGCGGGGCUGGGCGGCGGGCCCGGCGGGCCGGGGAACAUGGCUGGCGGCACGGGGUCGGACGGCCGGAGCCUGGAGGAUAUGUUCUACCAGAAGGAGAUGGAGAUUGCCAAGGGCGCGUUUACGCGGCAGUUCACAUACGCGAUUGUAUAUGCGUGGGUUAAGUUGAGAGAGCAGGAAAUCCGCAACAUCACCUGGAUUGCCGAAUGCAUAGCUCAAAACCAGAAAGAGCGCAUCGGCAAUUACAUCAGUGUCUUCUAAUGAUGGGGCCUGCUUGUUGGUUACAGUUGUAGGAUUUUCGGGAACCUUGAGCAUGAUUUUAUGGCGUCUGGCGAAGAUCAAGCGGUGACGGGGAAUUGCAAGAUGGUGUAAUCGUUGCGUGUCCUCCUGUCUAUCUGUCGGUAUUGUACAUAGAUAAGUUUACACAACUUGUUGGAUUUUUAACACGCUUCUCUUCCCACC